ACUUGUAUUUUUACUAAUGUUAUUUAGAGGUUAUAUUGGGUUUUAAGUUGAGAUUUGUACGAGUAUGAAAUUAGCUAAAAUUUUAUAUUGGUUUUUUUUUUUUAGUAUUAAGCUCAUUUAUUGGGUUUAAGUUGAGAUUUGUGUGAUAUAAAGCUGAAUUUUGAAAUGUAUAUAUAUGUUUAUUAUUAAUUUACCAUAUUUGUUGGUCUUUAAGCUGAUAUUUGUGUAAUAUAAGCUGAAUUUUGAACUGGGUAUAUCUAAUUUCUGUAUUUUGAUUGAUUUUACUGUAGGUUUUUUUUUUUUUUUUUUUUUUUUAAAUGAGGUUUAAGCUGAGAUAUGUGUGCAAUAUCCGAAUUUGUCAUCUGGGUAUUUUUGUUUAUAAGAUUUAUGUUGAAUUUGUUUAUCUUGUCAGAAGUGGAUUAAUUGUGUUGAAAUAUUGAUAUUUAAUCCUUCGUUAGGGUUAUAUGGAGGUUAUUACUAUUAGAAAAAGUUGCUGAUUUUGUUUAUUUUGUCAUUUUUCAUGUUGCUGCGAUUCAUAUUGGUUAUAGUUUGUGCAUAUGGAUCCACAAUUAGAAGAGUUAUAUGGGACUUUGCAUCGAAUCAAGUUCAAUGAUCAGAAGGUUCCUAUUUUAGCAAGUAACAAUCAUUUUGAUACGGCAAAAUUGCAAGAUCCCAAUUUGAAUUUGAGUUUUGCAAAUCCUCCAUUGAUUCACCAAAAUCCGAAUUUUAAUGUGGGUGUACCAUCAGUAAGUCCGGAAACUGAUUCAUCCCUUCACGAAGAUUAUGAUCUUAGUGAUGUUGUUCUUAAGUACAUCACUCAAGUUCUGAUGGAAGAGGAUGAGGAAGAGAAAACCCGUUCACAUCACGAGCCUUCAGCUCUCGAAGCAACAGAGAAAACAUUGUAUGAGGUCAUAGGGGAGCAGUAUCCUUCACCACAAAACCUAUAUAACUUGCCUAAAGCUAAGCAUGAUAGCUGGAAUGUCAAUGGUGCUGGCAGUUUGAUCACUGACAGUUACAGUGGAGCGAGUAGUAGUAGCGGCCUUGUGCACCCUAGUUGGCCUGUUAAUCCUUAUGAAUAUAACCCUGUACCUAUAGUUGAUUUUUCCAAGCCUUCCUCAAAUUUGUCAUUGCAAACAUCAUACAGUUCAUCAAAUAGUUCAGGGAGGCAAUAUGAUGUUCAUUUUAACUUUGAUUCACCAUAUAGUACAGCGAGUAAUCCUUUUGGUUUAGUGGAUGCAACAGCGGAAUCUCCUGUGAGUGCCCUUAAUGUGUCUGAGAUAUUCAAUGAUAGUCAGUCAAUGUUGCAGUUUCAAAAAGGGCUCAAGGAAGCGAGCAAGUUUCUUCCGAAUGUUCUUCUGUCCAAAGAUUUGAUGAACAAUGGCUCCUCUCAGAAGCUAGUGGGUGCAGCAUCCCAUGAUGCAGUAAUUAAGCUGGAAAACAUGCAUAAGAAUGAGAUUCCAGCAGAGUUGUUGAUUGGAACAAAACACCGUAAUCGAGAUGAGUUUCAGUUAGAGGAAAGGAGGGGAAACAAACAGUCAGCUGUUUCCCAUGCUUCUGAUGAGGCAGUUAUGAGAUCGGAAAUGUUCGAUAAGGUGUUAUUGUGUAGUGGAGGUAAAAAUGAUGCUGCUCUUCGGGAAGUUUUACAGAGUGGACUAAACAAAAAUGCACAAAAUUCUCAGCCAAAGGGAUCUAGUGGUGGGAGAGGACGUGGGAGGAGACAAGGCAGCAGGAGAGAGGUAAUAGAUUUAAGAUCACUCUUAAGCCUUUGUGCACAAGCUGUUGGAUCAAAUGAUCAAAGGAACGCAAAUGACUUGCUUAAGCAAAUUAGACAAUAUUCUUCUCCCACGGGAGAUGGAAAUCAAAGAAUGGCACACUAUUUUGCAGAUGGAUUAGAGGCACGCCUUGCUGGUGUUGGAACUCCUAUAUAUAGUUGUCUUCUCACUGGUCCGGCAUCUGCUGUUGAUAUCUUGAGAGCUUACCACAUGUUUUUAGCUGUAUGCCCUUUUAAGAAAAUUGGAAAUUUCUUCUCUAAUAGAACGAUUACAGCAGUGGCAGAGAAAGCUACACGACUUCAUAUAAUUGAUAUUGGUAUAGUCUACGGUUUUCAAUGGCCUUGUCUAUUUCAGCGCCUUUCAUCAAGACCUGGUGGCCCCCCCAGAAUUCGUAUUACUGGAGUUGAUCUUCCACAACCAGGGUUUCGGCCUGCCAAAAGGGUAGAAGAGACAGGGCGUCGUUUGAAGAAUUAUGCAGAGUCAUUUAAUAUACCAUUCGAGUUCAAUGCUGUGGCGAAGAAGUGGGAAACACUUACUGUUGAAGAUCUGAAGAUUGAUAGUGAUGAGGUGCUUGUUGUGAACUGUAUGUUCAGAUUAAAAUAUGUACCUGAGGAAACAGCAAUGGUAGAAUGCCCAAGAGAUAUGGUUCUUAACCUCAUAAAGCAGAUAAAGCCAGCUAUCUUCAUACACGGUGUAGUUAACGGGGCUUUCAAUUCCCCCUUUUUCAUUACUCGAUUCCGUGAGGCUCUCUUCCAUUUCUCAACUCUUUUUGAUAUGCUUGAGACUAAUCUUCCCCGGGAUAUUCAAGAAAGGAUACUGAUUGAGAGAGAGAUAUUUGGGCGACAAGCGAUGAAUGUGAUUGCCUGUGAGGGUUUAGAAAGAAUAGAAAGGCCAGAGACAUACAAGCAGUGGCAAGUCCGAAAUGAAAGGGCUGGAUUCAGACAGCUGCCUUUGAACCCUGAGAUAUUGAAUAUGGCAAAAAAGAGGGUGAAAUCUGUGUAUCAUAAAGAUUAUUCCAUUGAUGAAGACGGGCAUUGGUUGUUGCAGGGAUGGAAGGGUAGAAUUGUCUAUGCUCUCUCAAUUUGGAAGCCUGUCUAUGAAGAUCUUUUAGGCCCUAAAAAAGGUUGAUCAAGAAUUUUAUGCAGAAGCCCGACUCGUGCUGAAGUGUGUCAAAUAUUAUUGUUUGCAUCUCAGUUCUCACUUCAUAUGACUUGGUCAAGGAGAAAUGAAGCCGCUGCUUACCAAUUACCACACAUCAAGUGUCUGACAUUGUGAUAGUUGAGAAGCGCUUCUUUGCCCUGUUGAUGUGCAGUUCAUCUUCUUGGGAGAUUACUCUGAUAUUAUAUUGCAGAGACCUUUUUUUUUCGGGUUUGGGAGAUUACUCUUAUUGGGGGUGGUGGUCCUGGCGAUUAAGGCAGAACUAAUGUCAGUCAACGUGCAAGCUAUACUAACCUCUAACAGUAUUUUUGUAUUUUAGCAUUAUACGAUCAAAACAAUUUUUAGCUGAAGGAUUCCAAAGUUGGACAAUAUGACCCUUCAAGCGCAAAAACAUCAUACAGCUUAAGAAAGCCAGGGGAAUUGAACUGCUGUAUUUUCUGCUGUUUUUUGAGGGUUUUCUGAGGAAAUCUUCUGUUGUUUUUAUUUUUGUUUUGUAGGAGAAGAACCAUAUGAAAGCGUGUGGCAUGUAUACGAGUUGCAUUACCUAAGUGUCAGUGCAACGUACCUAGGAAGUGCUACUGUUUUUUUUUUCAAUGCAAUAGUGUAGCUACUAGAAAUGCCUGUAUCUUUCUCAUAUAAGUUCCAAGUUUUUGAUUGGGUAAAUAGUAGCAAACAUUUGAAUUGUAUCAUCUAGGGGUUGUUUGGCAAUCGGCGGUUGACUGUUUGCUUGUUUGCUUGACUUGUUGGACUAGCUGGAAGUAUUAGCUGUAUGGAUUGACUUUUUAAGUUUA